CGCGUUCAAUUUGUGUGUUUCCUUUUGUUUUGAGGUGUUGAUUGUUCAAAAUUAACGAGCUUUGAGUUGAAUAAUAUUCUGAUCUCCUGCUGCAUUUGCCGUGAUUUGAGCUUUUUUGUUUGAUUUGGCCUCGCCGUGGCUAGUGUUGUACAUUGCGCUAUUGAUUGUGUACUUUUCGGUUUGCCAGCUUGGCAUUGUCACACUGGUCUUGCUGUUUGAGAUUAGGGGUUUUGUUUGUAAUGAUCUUUGCAUAUAGAGGAUUUGGUCUUGAAUCUGAGCUUUGUGAUGUGUGAUGUUUGUGAUAAGUAGGCAUUUCUAGGUUGGGAGAGGUGGAUAUUAGUUGCUUUCAGUAAAUGUAGGUGGUCCUUAUCCGCCGCGUAGCUCAUUGUUGCAUUUAUUCAUAUCUCGACCGCGUGAUUAUUUCCCUAUCAUUAAUGCAACUUGAAUUUAUGCACUUAUAUGCAUUGAUUAUAUGGCAUACCGAGAAUUUUGGUGAAUGCUGUAUAGUCUUGAAAUGAGCUCCUGAAAGCAACCGCACAAGUGAAUUUAUGAUAUCUAUAUCUCUGCUGGCUCUCGCAUUUUAAAUCUCAUCUCGGAAUUUAUGAGAUUUGGCUUUUUACCGAGUCUAAAUCUGUCAAUUUUUUUCCACGAGCCCGAGUAUUACCAAGUUCUAUAUGGUACAGUAACACAGAGUGAUGGGGCGUUCUUUAAGAACUGUUGAGACACUUAAAGCAUACCAAAAUCAGGCUGGUGUGCUGGUCAAACACUAUGUUCUAGCGGAUCCUUACAUUCCAUACACUUCAGUAUUUCUUGGAAUGGUUACUUGCAAAUUGGCCUAUGAUCUGAGUCAGCUCAUCAGCACAUUUUACUUCAUAAAUUAUAAUGCCCUCUCUAAGAUCCAAAAGGUGGACUGGAAUAAUCGUGCCAUUUCCACUCUUCAUGCCGUUUUUAUUUCGAUUAUGGCUUUAUACUUUGUAUUCUGGUCUGAACUUUUCUCUGAUCAAAAUCAUUCUGCUGGACUAGUUACUUUCAGAAAUUCAUCUAUCUCGACAUUUGCACUUGGGCUCUCUGUCGGCUACUUCUUGUCAGACCUUGCAAUGAUCUGUUGGCAAUAUCCUUCUUUAGGUGGACCUGAGUAUGUUCUCCAUCACUCCCUUUCGGCAAUUGCAGUCGCAUAUGCCAUGUACAUGGGGGAGGGCCAGCUCUACACAUAUAUGGUCCUGAUAUCUGAGAUAACAACACCAUGUAUCAAUAUGAGAUGGUAUCUUGAUGUAUCUGGAUUGAAGAAUUCCAUUGCAUAUCUUAUCAAUGGAGUCAUCAUAUUUUGUAGUUGGUUGGUUGCAAGAAUUCUUUUGUUUGGUUACAUGUUCUACCAUGUUUAUCGUCACCACAACCAGGUGAUGCAGAUGCACAUAUUUGGUUCUCUUUUGGUGUUUGUUGUGCCCUUGGCACUCGGAAUCAUGAAUUUGAUGUGGUUCGGGAAGAUCCUCAAGGGUAUGAAGAAGACCUUAAUGAAAAAGACAUGAAAAAUAUAGUGCAAUGCUUCACCAAGACAUGUUGACGAUGUGUACAUAUCCCCAGCAUUUGUGCUCGGAUUCUGUGGGAAAGAGGCGAAUCCAACGACAUACACACACAGUAGCAGAUAGAUUUCACAUUUGGUGCUGGAAAUCAACCUGCUGUCAAUACUGACCACACUUUUUUGUGUCUAAAGACAAAAAAAGAUGAUAUGAUUCUCUACUUUUAAUUCUUCCUCUCUUGUAAAGGGGCUUAUUUUGACCAGGAAAAACAGAGCUGUGGGGAAGAAAGAUAAAGUAAUUGGUUAA